CUAUAAAUAAGGUGGUCCACAUGUAUCUCCCCAAAGAAGAAACAACAUCUUUAGCUAAUAGUACAACUCUAGAGAGUACCAGAGCAGUGGUACUGUAACAACAAUGGAGGUGGUAAGAAGGAGGAGCUUCAGUUUGCCAACAAUGGUGGUGGUACUAACUUGCGCCUUGCUCGUUAUGCUGCCACAAGUGUACUCAGUUCGUUACAUUGUUGGAUCAAGAUUCGGUUGGAGUAACAGUGUCAAUUACACUAAUUGGGCUAAGGGCAAACACUUCUACAACGGCGACUGGCUCUUUUUUGUGUACGACAGGAACCAGAUGAAUGUGCUAGAGCUAAACAAGACAGACUACGAGACCUGCAAUACUGAUCAUCCGCUCCACAAUUGGACAACUGGAGCAGGAAGGGAUGUUGUUCCGCUCAACGUGACUAAGACCUACUAUUUCGCUAGUGGCAAAGGGUACUGCUAUGGAGGCAUGAAAGUGGCUAUUCACGUCGAAAAGGCACCUCCACCACCAAAAUCUGCUCCAGUACGCAGCGCUUCGUCAAAUUUGCUCACUUCGUUAAGAGGACAGAUAUUGAUACCAGCUCUUUUCGCAACUGCUGCUGUCUGGGAUGCAUUUCUUCUGCUCUGGUAGUAGGAUAUGUUUAAUUGACCACAAAUGUUGGUUGCUUCAGAUAAUUAGUUAAACCAAGUGUCAAGAAAGUGUUUGGUUUUAUCUUUCGUGUGUUUGUAUUUUCUUUUUUCUUGAAAGUUACCUUCUUAUUUUUUUUUUUGCUACUGCCAUCAUCAUUUUGAUCUGAAAAUCAAUUUUUUAUUUCAGAUCAAAUUGGUGGGGUUCAUUUGAAAAAAUUGUUUAUUUAUUUUUUUUACCUAAACAACUUUACAAUUGUUUCACUGGAGAAAUUGAUUGCGUGGAUCACGGAAACCUUCCAUGUUUACUCCCUUCAUUGGCC